AUGGCCUGCAAGAAGUGUUCAAACAAGUGGACCAUUGCCAGUAUUGCCAGUGUGAUCCUGGUGUGUGUCAUCGGGUUGGUCCUAUGCUUCACGCUGCUGGAGGACCCCCAGCCAGGCUGUGAACAGGAUGCAGUUUGCCGCCCCGGUGCAGACAUGCUGGACUACUUGCUGAGCCUGGGCCAGAUCAGUCAACGGGAUGGCCUGCUGGUCACCUGGUACCAUGCUGCCAACAGCCAGAAGGACAUGAGGGCUGCCCUGGAGAGCAACAUCAUGAUCCUGGAGGCAGAUGUCAACAUAGAAGGGCUCAACACAGCCAAUGAGACAGGGGUCCCCAUCAUGGCGCACCCCCCAGCCAUCUACAGUGACAACACCCUGCAGCAGUGGCUAGAGGCUGUGCUGUCCUCUUCCCAGAAGGGUAUCAAGCUAGACUUCAAGAGUCUUAAGGCCGUGGCACCCUCCCUGGAUCUCCUGCGGCGGCUGACAGAGAAUGGGAAAGUCCGGAGGCCUGUGUGGGUCAACGCUGACAUCCUGAAGGGCCCCAAUGUGCCCAUCUCCAUUGAAGUCAAUGCCACACAGUUCCUGGCCUUGGUCAAGGAGAAGUAUCCUGAGGCCACCCUGUCUCCAGGCUGGACCACGCUCUACGUGCCCCAGUUCCCGAACAGCACGUACACCCGAGCCAUGGUAGAGAAGAUGCAGGGGCUGGUAGGAGGGCUGUCGCAGAGGAUCACCUUCCCCGUGCGGGCUGUCAUGGUGCGGGCCGCCUGGCCCCACUUCAGCUGGCUGCUGGGUCAAUCAGACAGGUACAGCCUGACACUGUGGCAGGGCGCCUCAGACCCCCUGUCAGUGGAUGAUCUCCUCUACAUCCGGGACAACUGUGCCACCCACCAAAUCUACUAUGACCUCUUUGAGCCUGUCCUGUCUCAAUUCAAGCAGCUUGCAAUGAAUGCCACACGGACACGAAGCUACUACACAGGGGGAAGCCUGAUCCCUCUUCUCCAGCUUCCUGGGGGUGAUGGUCUGAGUGUAGAGUGGCAGGUUCCUGACAUCCGGGGCAACAGAACAGCAGCAACACUUCAACUCCCAGAAAAAGAAGGCAUGAUCCUGCUGAACGUUGGCCUCCAGAAGCCUGCAGACGGGGGCGCGGUGCCCAUUGUAAAUGCCUCCGGGAGCCCUGCUCUGCCGCUGGAGUCCAGCCUGCUGCAGCUCGCCGCACACCCCGGACGCUGGGGGGUUCAUCUGCACAUAGCGGAGCCCACCGCCCUGCGGCCAUCCCUGGCCGUGCUGGCCCACCUCUCGGACCUUGGUCACCUUUCUCGGCCUGUGUGGGUGGGGGCCACAGUCUCCCAUGGGAGCUUUGCGGUGCCUGGCCAUGUGGCCGGCACGGAGUUGCUUGCAGCUGUGGCUGAGGUCUUCCCCCACGUGACAGUGGCACCGGGCUGGCCCGAGAAGGUACUGGGCAGUGGCUACAGGGAACAGCUGCUCACAGAUAUGCUGGAGCUGUGCAGGGGCCUCUGGCAACCUGUGUCCUUCCAGCUGCAGGCUGGGCCGCUGGGCCAGAGCACGGCUGGAGUCGUGGCCAAGUUACUGGCAGCCUCGCCCAGGGCCACCGUCACCGUGGAGCACAGCCCUGCAGAGAGCAGCUACACAUCUGUGCGGACAGGGCUGCUGGCCGCCAGGGCUGUGGACAGGACCCGGGUCUACUACAGGCUGCCCCAGAGUGACCGCGAAGACUUGCUGGCAGAUGUUGGCAGAAACUGACCACCCAGUGGUGCUGGACAGGAGGACCCUGGGUCAGGUUCCAUGGG